AUGUCCAAAGAAAAGUCCUUCGACACCAGAAAGUUCUUGAUCGAUCUCGCCUCCGGAGGUACCGCUGCUGCCGUCUCCAAGACCGCUGUCGCCCCAAUCGAGCGUGUCAAGCUUCUCCUCCAGGUCCAAGAUGCUUCCAAGACCAUCACCGCCGACAAGAGAUACAAGGGAAUCAUGGACGUUCUCGUCCGUGUGCCAAAGGAGCAAGGAGUCGCCGCUCUCUGGAGAGGAAACCUCGCUAACGUCAUCAGAUACUUCCCAACACAGGCUCUGAACUUCGCUUUCAAGGAUACCUACAAGGCAAUCUUCCUUGAGGGACUUGACAAGAAGAAGGACUUCUGGAAGUUCUUCGCUGGAAACUUGGCUUCCGGAGGAGCUGCUGGAGCCACCUCCCUCUGCUUCGUCUACCCACUCGACUUCGCCCGUACCCGUCUUGCCGCUGAUAUCGGAAAGGCCAACGAUCGUGAGUUCAAGGGACUCGCUGACUGCCUCGUCAAGAUCGUCAAGUCUGACGGACCAAUCGGACUCUACAGAGGAUUCUUCGUCUCCGUGCAAGGAAUCAUCAUCUACCGUGCCGCCUACUUCGGAAUGUUCGAUACCGCCAAGAUGGUCUUCGCCGCUGACGGAAAGAAGCUCAACUUCUUCGCCGCCUGGGGAAUCGCUCAAGUCGUCACCGUCGGAUCCGGAAUUCUUUCCUACCCAUGGGACACCGUCCGUCGUCGUAUGAUGAUGCAAUCAGGACGCAAGGACAUCCUUUACAAGAACACCCUCGACUGCGCCAAGAAGAUCAUCCAAAACGAAGGAAUCUCCGCCAUGUUCAAGGGAGCCCUCUCCAACGUUUUCCGUGGAACCGGAGGAGCCCUCGUCUUGGCCAUCUACGACGAAAUCCAGAAGUUCAUCUAA